ACAUGGAGAGCCGAAGCUCAGAGUUUCAGAGCCGAACAAACCCUAGGGUUUUAGCUUCCGAGGAACGUCAAUGGAGGCUGGAGACGAAGGCGUAGAUAGAGUGGUAGACUCAAAGGACUUGCAGCAACAAAGCAAGGCACUCGACAAGCUCACCGACCAUGUGGAGGACCGUCAGCUCGAUUCUUCCCGAGUCCAAACGGCAAUGGCGUCGAUUGCUGCAUCAAAAGAAGCAGAUUGGAAUGCUAUGAGAAUGAGAGAAAAGGAAUUGGCUGCUGUUAAGAUCAAUUCCGCUGAUGUUGACAUCAUUGCAAAUGAACUAGAGUUGGACAAAAAAGUAGCAGAGAGAACCCUACGUGAGCACAAAGGUGAUGCUGUUGCUGCAAUUAGGUCUUUGCUUCACUAGAGAUUCAUCCCAUGAAAUAAGACCUUGAUUCCCAAUUAUUGUUGUUGUUUUUUUAUUUUAGUCUGUAUGAUGAAUUUUGUUGAUAUAUGAACAUAAUUAGAUGUUGUUUUACAAUUAAGAGUAUAAACCUUGUAAAACCAUUUCUUCGUUUCUCACAUGAAAAUUUUAUUUAUAGUCUGAAUUGUAGAAAACAUAAAAAUGUUUUCUGGUG